AUGGCGAAAACCAUUCUGAAGUUUAUGCAUGUCACUGUUCUUUUGAUGUCAGCUGGUUCAUAUGAAGUGCCAGACCUGAAUUCUGUGGUCCGUAAUGUGACGUGGUCUUGCUCUCCAUGGAUUCGGCCAGUUCAGCACUGGAAGGCUCCUGUCCACGUGUAUGUGGACCUGCAGAUACUAGCAAUACUUGAUGUGAAUGAGAAAGAGGAGAAAGUCAAACUUCACGUCCUGAUCAGUCAGAAAUGGAGGGAUGAGUUUGUGUCAUGGGACCCGUCCUCAUUUGGGGGUUUGUCACGCCUCACUGUGCCCUCCUCUCGUGUGUGGACACCAGACAUCACUGUCCAAGAGGCUAUCAGUGAGGACAGACUGCAGGCUGAGUCCUCUGUGUGUGUAGAGGCGUCUGGGUGGAUGAGUAAGGCAGAGACUGUGUUGUUGACUCUGCGCUGUGAUCUGGCCAUGUUCCUCUUCCCCUUUGACAAACAGAGCUGCAACCUCACAGUCACAACACACACACACACAGUGCAGGAUGUGGUAUUUGUCAUACAGAGAACUGGGUUGAAGGCCAGUGUGUCCCAGUAUGGUGAAUGGGAGUUGAUGGCAGUAAAAGUCUUUAGUGUCAACCAGACACACAGACAGCAAGAGUAUUCACAGCUCACCUUUCAGGUAGACUUGGGUCGCUGCUCUCUGUUUUACGUGGUGAAUCUGAUGGUGCCCAGUGCAUUGGUCAUGCUGAUUGAUGUGGCAGGCUAUGCUAUUCCAGUAGACAGUGCAGAGAGAAUCCCCUUCAAAGUCACUCUGCUCUUCGGCUACACUGUCUUCCUCGUCCUCACCACCGACCUACUGCCUCCUUUCAGAGAUAACACACCAGUGCUGGGUGUGUAUCUGGUAGUGUGUCUUGUUCUGUUGUGUGUGAGUAUGGGUGAGAGUGUGAUGUUGCUGUGUCUGGCUCAGGUAGAAGCAGACAUACACUCAGGACCUCUGAGCUGGCUGGCGAAGAGAGUGCAUCCCCAUCUACUGACACCAGGGGGCGCAAACGAGCAUCAUGCGGCCUACAGUAGGAGUUUGAAGAGAGGUACGCCUGCAGGUCUGCGGAGGUCAUUUGGUCUGAAACACUGUGGGGCGGGGCUUCUUGCAUGUGGGCGUGGCUGUGUGAUUGACAGACUAAGAGUGGAAUUGGAGGACAUCAGUGAGGAGCUGAGCAUCCUGAACAGGACAAAGAGAGAACACAGAGAGAGACUUAUCCUGAUGGAGGCGCUAGACGCCCUGUGUAUGAAACUCUACUCCAGUGUCCUGACUAUGUUUCUGCUCUCUCUCAUACUGCUCUGGGCCCUUAGUGGAUGA